CUGAGAGAACGACGCGGGGCGGUGGGAUGGAAACCAUCGAGACCGGAAGUGAGGAGCGACGCGCCCGGCCAGAGAGCCGGAAGACGAGGCCUGGCCUUCCGGUGUGUGGGCGGUGCCCGGUGCGAGAAGCCCCUCCCCCUCGACUGCCGGGUUGGCCUGAAGCCAAGAGGAGGCAAGAGGUGGAAGAGAGAGAGAGAAAGCCCGGCGCGGGCGGGGAAGGAGCCGGAGACGCCGCUCGAGCCCGCGUGAGGAUCUCAGACGCGACUAAUCUAUGAAAUGGCAAAGAAUGGAACAGAUUGUGACCAGAGGCGCUGCGGAAUGAACAAAGGACAGCAUAAUGGAAGUUUUACAGAACCCUUCUCCACCCACGAACAGAAGCGGAAAGAGCGAGAAGAGCGCCAGAAUAUCGUGCUCUGGAGGAAGCCUCUUGUUACCUUGCAGUAUUUUUUCCUGGAAGCAUUAAUAGACUUGAAAGAAUGGACCAUCAAAUUGUGGCAUCGCCGAAGUGCCGUGGUGUCUCUCCUCCUGCUGCUUGCAAUGCUUACGUCUGUGUAUUAUGUCGAGGGAGCACAUCAACAGUAUGUCCUGUAUAUGGAGCGGAAAUUCUUAUGGUGUGCCUACUGGGUAGGUUUGGGCGUCCUUUCCUCGGUUGGUCUUGGAACCGGUCUUCAUACAUUUCUGCUGUACUUGGGCCCACACAUAGCUUCGGUGACGCUCGCUGCUUAUGAAUGUAACUCGGUGGAUUUCCCCGAACCCCCCUAUCCUGACCAAAUUAUCUGCCCCGAGGAAGAGGGAGUCGAAGGAUCAAUUUCUCUGUGGACCAUCAUUUCCAAAGUCAGACUGGAGGCUUGCAUGUGGGGUGCGGGAACAGCCAUCGGAGAGCUGCCUCCAUACUUCAUGGCGAGAGCCGCCCGUCUCUCCGGAGCAGAACCCGAUGAUGAAGAGUACCAAGAAUUUGAAGAGAUGUUGGAACAGGCAGAGGCAGCUCAAGUAAGGGACUUUGCUUCCCGGGCAAAGCUUGCAAUCCAGAACCUCGUGCAAAAAGUCGGGUUUUUUGGGAUCCUGGCAUGUGCUUCAAUUCCAAACCCACUCUUCGACCUGGCAGGAAUAACAUGUGGACAUUUCCUAGUCCCGUUUUGGACUUUUUUUGGCGCCACCCUGAUCGGAAAAGCAAUAAUCAAGAUGCACAUCCAGAAACUUUUUGUGAUUAUUACGUUCAGCAAACACAUCGUGGAGCAGAUGGUGUCGUUAAUUGGCGCUGUCCCAGGUGUGGGUCCGUCCCUUCAGAAGCCCUUCCAAGAAUACCUGGAAGCUCAGCGGAUGAAGCUCCACCAUCGAGCGGACGGAGCGCCCCAGGCUGAAAACUGGCUCUCCUGGAUGUUUGAAAAGUUGGUUAUUGUCAUGGUGUGCUAUUUCAUCUUGUCCAUUAUUAACUCCAUGGCUCAAAGUUAUGCCAAGCGUCUCCAGCAGCAGAUGCAGUACUCGGAGGAGAAAACCAAAUGAGGAGGAAAGGGGGGGCAUACAGACCCCACAUUUAAUUGGGACAACCAGCCUUGCAUUAAAAGAAAUAAAACAGCACUCUCUGAAACAUGCAGGCGGGUGGGGACAGGACAGACAGUGGCGUUUGUUUUCCUUUGGAUUACCCUUUAUUAUGAUUAUUUUAAAAAGUAACUCUUCCAUUC